AUGAGGAUUACUUGCUCAAAUGACGUCAAGGUCAUGCUGAUUGGAGCCAAAGCCAAAGUGGCGCCAAUUAAAACUCUGUCUAUUCCGCGCUUGGAGUUAAACGGUGCCGUAUUACUCGUCAAGUUGCUACAAUACGUUAUUGAAACGACACAGCUUUCUACUAUUCCAACCUAUUGCUGGAUUGAUUCGACAAUCGUUCUCGAAUGGCUUAAAAAACAUCCUUCCACGUGGGUGACGUUUGUAGCGAAUCGAGUGUCGAAAAUUCAGACGGAACUACCGUCUGCCACUUGGUACCAUGUUCCGACUAACUCAAAUCCCGCGGAUAUUGCAUCCCGCGGCAUCGCUCCGGCCGAUCUAUCGUCCUGCGAACUGUGGUGGUCUGGCCCGAGAUGGUUGACUCAGUCGUCGACCUUAUGGCCCCGUCAGACUCCUAAAAGUUCUGACGAAAUUAUCCGUGGCAUCAACAACAAAACUCACAAGGCUGCUGUCUCACAUAUCAUCGACGUGCUGCAACCGCUUGCACUCGAGGACCUUCCUCAUCGAAUAUCAUCGUGGACGCGCCUACUUCGGGUAACCGCAUAUGUCCGUCGUUUUAUCGCCUGUGCACGAUCGAAACGGUCAAUUACCGCGGUCACCGAUUCGGUUCGACUUACCGCCGCUGAAUUGUCCGAGGCACGCAUCUUUUGGUGCCAACAAGCUCAACUCAGUCUUUUCGCAUCAGAAUAUAAGGCACUGCGUCGAAAGCAGCCUAUAUCUUCUCGAAGUUCUCUAAUAAAAUUAACGCCAUUCCUCGACAGAAACGACACGAUCCGUCUCGGCGGGCGGCUAAAAAGGGCCCCUCUCGCAUUUUCCGAGCGACAUCCAAUUAUUUUGCCUCGUCAUCGUAUCAGUGACUUAAUCAUCGACCAUGCUCACAAACAGACGUUACAUGGAGGUCCACAAUUGACACUCCGGUUUAUCCGACAGAACUAUUGGAUUAUCGGAGCAAGAAACUUAGUCAAGUCGGCUAUUCAUCGCUGUGUCCCGUGCGCUCGUCAACGAGCGUUAAUUCCGACGCAAAUUAUGGGAAAUCUUCCAGCUUCACGUGUCUCGCCAUCUCGCCCGUUCACACACGCGGGUAUUGACUAUGCGGGACUAUUUGACGUUCUAUGGAAAAAGGGGAGAGGACAUCGUUCACACAAGGCUUACGUGUCCAUAUUCGUUUGCUUGGCGACCCGCGCUAUACAUCUUGAGUUAGUCUCCGACCUAUCUACCGAAGCUUUUCUCGCAGCAUUUAAACGUUUUGUCUCGCAGCGUGGCAUCCCCAGCGAUGUCUACAGUGACAACGGGACCAACUUCCAGGGAGCAGAGAGAAAGUUGGCGGACACAUUCGGGAAAAUCAUAAAAAAUUCUGAGUUUGGCUCGCUUUUAGCUAUUGAUGGAACUACGUGGCACUUCAUACCCCCCGCUUCGCCCCACUUUGGCGGUAUUUGGGUGGCGGGGGUGAAAAGCAUGAAGCAUCAUUUAAGGCGCGUAGUGGGCAAGCAUACGCUUUUGACGGAAGAAUUUGCCACCCUUCUCUGUCAGGUGGAGGCGUGCUUGAACUCGCGACCGAUUUCUGCCAUGACAAAGGAUUCCGAUGAUUUUACGACGCUAAUUCCAGGGCAUUUUCUUAUUGGAGCCCCCCUCCUCACCAUCCCAGAGGAAUCCGUAACGGACGUAGAGAAAAACCGACUUUCACGCUAUUUACGCGUUCGGGCGAUGCUCGAACAUUUUUGGAACGCGUGGUCCCGCGACUACCUGCACACCCUGCAGCAACGACCGAAGUAG